UGCAUUUCCUUCUUGGCAGACUUGGCAGCCCUGGUGUGUGUUUCUGGAUAGGAAUGUGAGGCUGGGUGCCUUGAAUGUGUGUUUGCUGUUGUGGGAUGUGAGAGCUACUUGGAGUACUCAUAAAACGUGCCAACAUCACCUGUUAAAUACCUGCCCUUUGGUUCUUGAUCAUAGUUAUCUACAGUCUUACAGUUAUUGUAAUCUACUAUCUUCUUAUAUUACACAUGGUUCUCACCUUUUGAAUAUUUACAAAACAGGAUUUUCAAUAAUUGAAUCUAAAAAACCUGACAGUUAAUAUUUUUACUGUGGAUAAACAUUCAAAGUAUACAUAUAUGAUUUGGUAUCAUGAAAAAUGUUAUAUUUGCUAAUUAUAUGUAUAAGUGGUUGAGCACUUUAAAUUAUGUAUUUGUCUAACCCUAUAUGCCAUUUAAUUUUGGAAAUAAACAUAUAUGUAGUUACUUUCUAUUUGAAAAUGGUGUCUUGUUCACUAAUCUAUUUAACCUUUAAAAAGAAAGCUGGGACUAGCAGAAGAUUAAGACACAUUAAGAAACAGGAAUAUAUUAAUUUAGUACUUAUUAAAGAUAUGUAAAUAGCUCAUUCUUAAUUCCUGUCAUUCAUAUGUGCGAUUGCGUUUCCUCCAAAAUAUUAUAUGAAGUGUCAGAGUAUACUUUACAUAAAGAAUUAGUUCAGUGUCAGAUAUACAAGUGGAGAUGUGAAUGGAUCUCAAGUUGUGUAUGUAUAUAAAAUUAUGAGCUAACAUGGAAAACUCAUAUCAUUAUUUUUCAUGAGAACUGCAUUUUGUGUGUGACUUAUAAGUGAUACAGUCUUAUUUUCUAGGAAACAUUUAAUCAGCAGGUGGAUUUCAACACACCAAUAUUGGGCUAUCUUCAUGAGAUACACAUGUGUACAUUUGUAUACAUCUCCACACACAUACAAUUUGCAAAUAAUUAUAAUAUGUAAUUUAAGAAAAUAACUAUCUGUCAAAAGUUUAAAAAGAGAAAUAUCUAAUGUUUAAAUUUUAUUUAGGAACUGGGAGGAGGCUUUUCUCUUAUCAUAUUCCUUAAGGUUUAUUCACUGAUCUUCAAAUUGACAUUUUACAUUAGUAAGGCUUUUUUUUAUUUGAAGAGAAAGAAUUGACUUACAAGAUUUCAUGACCUCUUGUUUCCCUACUGCAUCCCAGAAACUGUUAAUCAUGAACAGCGGCGAUUAUUCUCCUUAUUUUUCUUCCUCUUCAUUCUUUCCUUAAGCCAAAAACCUAUUCUUGCUCUUAAAAAUACCAAUUGGAGGUAUAUUUUACAUUCAGUCAUCUUUUUUACUUUGGAUCAUUUUUGGAGAUUGAAAAAUAAUAGUGUUUCUAAGACAAAGUUGUGUCAUAAAUCUUCAGCUUUCAUAGAAAAUUAUAUCACAAAGAACUACACAUUUCUACUUAAGACAUCCAUGUGGCAGCUAACUGGAGGACUGAAGCUGACUCAUAGGUAAGCCUUUCAAUUUAUAUUGCAAUUAAGUCAGUUUUUGUAUUUAAUUAGAAAAGAGCCAACCAUUUCACCAACAUUUAUCAUUAGCAGGAAGUGUCUCAUGUUCAAUACCAGAGGCAUCGGUAGAUCCAUUCUUAACAUUGCAAAACCCUUCAUCACAGGGGGAAGAGAAAUACCAUUUGGAAGAGGAAAGGAAAACAAAUACCAAUGAGAAAGUCAUAUAUUUUACAGACUGAUGGAAAUACAUAGCAAGGUGGGUAAUUGCAGAGAGAUGCCCAAUACAGAUCACCCAUUUGCCGUGGGGCAGAUGACAUCACCAUAAGUAACACAAGUCUUAUCUUCUCAAAUUAGACCCAAGAAAGAUGUGUCAUAAGUGGCUUUGGCAAGAUUUUCCUGCAUAUUUCUAGAGGGUGAAAAUGAGGGAUCCUGUGUUUGAGGAUGUAAAAGAUGGAGCUAGAGAGGAAAAAGCAGCAGAUGAAGAAGAUGAAGAGGACAAGGUUUGCUUUAAGCCUGUUAUUGAAGACCUAAGCAUGGAACUGGCCAGAAAAUGCACUGAACUCAUUAGUGAUAUCCACUAUAAAGAAGAGUAUCAAAAGUCCAAAGACAAAUGUACAUCUGUGACUGACACUCCCAUGCUAAACCAUGUAAAAAAUGUUGGUGCUUUUAUUUCUGAGACAAAAUACAAAGGCAACAUUAAGGCUGACCUUUCCAACUCUCUAUAUAAGAAGAUGCCUGCCACCAUCGACAGCGUGUUUGCAAGAGAAGUUUCACAGCUUCAGAGUGAGGUUGCCUACAAGCAGAAGCAUGGUGCCGCUAAAGGACUCUCAGAUUACGCCCACAUGAAGGAGCCUCCGGAGGUCAGGCAUGCCCUGGAGGUCAGCAAGCACCAGAGUAAUAUUUCAUAUAGAAAAGAUGUGCAGGACGCCCACACGUACACAGCAGAAUUCGACAGACCAGACAUCAAGAAAGCAACGCAGGUCUCCAAGAUCAUAAGCAAUGUGGAAUAUAAGAAAGGGCAAGGAAUAAUGAAUAGAGAGACAGCUGUAAUUGGAAGGCCAGACUUUGAGCAUGCUGUGGAAGCUUCUAAACUUUCCAGUCAAGUCAAAUAUAAAGAAAAAUUUGACAAUGAAAUGAAGGAUAACAAACAUCAUUACAAUCCUCUUGAGAGUGCUUCCUUUAGACAAAAUCAGCUUGCUACUUCACUGGCCAGUAAUGUGAAGUACAAGAAAGACAUUCAAAAUAUUCAUCAACCGGUGUCAGAUCUCCCAAAUUUGUUGUUUUUAGACCAUGCUUUGAAAGCCAGCAAAAUGCUCAGCGAACGAGAGUAUAAAAAGCAUUUUGAGGAGAGUAAAGGAACAUAUCACUUUGAUGCGGAGACUGCAGAACACCUGCACCAUAAAGGCAAUGCCACCCUUCAGAGCCAGGUUAAAUACAGAGAAGAGUAUGAGAAAAAUAAGGGGAAAUCAAUGCUAGAAUUUGUCGAGACGCCAUCAUAUCAAGCUUCAAAAGAAGCUCAAAAGAUGCAAAGUGAGAAAGUCUACAGAGAGGAUUUUGAAAAGGAGAUUAAAGGAAAGCCCUCAAUGGAUUUAGACAAGACUCCUGAAUUUUUACAUGUAAAAUACAUCACCAACCUGCUGAGGGAGAAAGAAUAUAAGAAGGAUUUGGAAAAUGAAAUAAAAGGGAGAGGAAUGGAACUUAAUCCAGAAGUUCUUGAUAUUCAAAGAGCAAAACGGGCAUCCGAAAUGGCCAGUGAGAAAGAAUACAAGAAGGACCUGGAGUCAGAAAUUAAAGGGAGAGGAAUGCAGGUUGGCACCGACACCCUUGAAAUCCAGCGUGCCAGGAAGGCUGCUGAGAUAGCCAGCGAGAAAGACUAUAAAAGAGACCUGGAGACUGAAAUUAAAGGGAAAGGCAUGCAGGUCAGUGCAGACACUCUUGAUGUUCAGAGAGCAAAGAGAGCAUCGGAGAUGGCCAGCGAGAAGCAAUAUAAGAAAGACUUAGAAAAUGAAAUUAAGGGAAAAGGAAUGCAAGUGAAUGCUGAUAUCCCGGAUAUGCUUCGAGCCAAGAGGGCAUCUGAAAUCUAUAGCCAGAAAAAGUAUAAAGGUGAAGCAGAGAAAAUGCUUUCGAAGUACUCCACUGUGCUCGACACUCCUGAAAUUCAGAGGACCAAGACCAGCCAACAGAAUAUUAGUGCGGUGUUUUAUAAGAAAGAUGUAGGAGCUGGCACAGCAGUAAAAGAUACCCCAGAGAUUGAACGAGUGAAGAAAACCCAGCAGAAUAUUAGCUCAGUCAAAUAUAAAGGAGAGAUUAAGCAGGCAACUUCUAUUUCCGAUCCUCCAGAGCUGAAGAGAGUGAGGGAAAACCAGAAGAAUAUCAGCAAUGUUUAUUAUAAAGGUCAACUGGGAAGAGCUACAGUGUUAAGUGUAACUCCUGAGAUGGAAAGAGUAAAGAAGAAUCAAGAAAAUAUUAGCUCGGUAAAAUAUACCCAGGACCAUAAACAGAUGAAAGGUAGACCAAGUUUGAUUUUAGAUACACCUGGUUUGAGACAUGCUAAAGAAGCACAAAAUCAUAUUUCCAUGGUAAAAUACCAUGAAGACUUUGAGAAGACGAAGGGCCGGGGCUUCACUCCUGUGGCGGAUGACCCUGUGACAGAGCGCGUGAGGAAGAAUGCGCAAGUCAUCAGUGACGUGGCCUAUAAAGGUGUCCAGCCUCACGUUGUGGAGAUGGACAGGAGACCCGGAAUCAUUGUUGAUCUCAAAGUUUGGCGCACAGAUCCUGGCUCCAUCUUCGAUAUUGAUCCCCUGGAAGACAAUAUUCAGUCUAGAAGUCUACAUAUGCUCUCUGAAAAGGCGAGUCAAUAUAGGAGACACCGCUCUCGAUCUCAUUCCAGCAGCACUUUUGGUACAGGUCUGGGAGAUGACAAGUCAGAAAUUUCUGAGCUCUACCCUAGCUUUUCUUGCUGCAGUGAGGUAACACGACCAUCUGAAGAAGGAGCACCUGUCCUUCCUGGAGCUUACCAGCAGAGCCAUUCCCAAGGCUAUGGUUAUAUGCACCAGACCAGUAUGUCAUCCAUGAGGUCAAUUCAGCACUCAUCAAAUCUAAGGACCUACCGGGCCAUGUAUGACUACAGUGCCCAGGAUGAAGAUGAGGUCUCCUUCCGGGAUGGCGACUACAUCGUUAACGUGCAGCCCAUUGAUGACGGCUGGAUGUACGGCACCGUGCAGAGGACCGGGCGGACGGGCAUGCUCCCCGCCAAUUACAUAGAGUUUGUGAAUUAGUUCUUUCCUCUUGCCCUUUGAGCUUUAUUCUCAUGUAUUCUACACUUAACCUUUUUAAAAAUAUAGAGAAUACUUUAAAGACAACUCGGCAAUUAUUUUCCAAUAACAUAUACCCUUCCUCUGACAACUAGAUUUGCAGGUACUAGGAAGAAGGAAUGACUUCUGGGCUGAAAAACAGCAGCAUUUUCAGUAAUUUCUGUAAACAAAACCAUUAGGUCUGGAGACCUGGUGCUGCUAAUUGUGUUCAUGGUUUCCUUUGAUUGGCUAUUGAAUCCCUCUGGGAAAUGUAUUUUUGUAGACUUUAAUAGAGAUGUUGAUUGUCCCCUAAAUGUCACUGUGUAUGAAUCUGCUUAGCUGUCACUAUGAAUCACUGAAAUCCAACUCUCGUAACUCAGUAACACAUCUAAUAAAUUAAAAAAAAAACACCUGUUUAGCUUUUGAGUCAUUAGGCAAUUUCAAACUCUGGUAAAAAUUGCCUAAUAUAAUAAAUAUAAGCAAUGGUACAAUGAGUCUGGGUAAAAUUAUAUUGAUUGAUGGCCUUCGGGGACCAAACAGGAAAUAUCCUUGUUCCCUGGGUGGACUGUGUCUAUUUAUUUCUCAUCUGUAUCACAGCUAUCCUAUUCUCCAUUUACAUUCUGUGGAUCUAAGCAAUUGCUUGGUUCCACAGAAUGUGAGGACCAAAUAACUUCACAGCUACUCUUGCAAAGGGCAAAAUUUGAUGUCAUCUGUAUUAUUUCCCUAGUAGCCUUCGCCCUGUUGCAUGUCAUGUGGGUUCGAGCUUCUGUAACAUAGGCAGUUUCCUUGCCUGUUCCUGUUAUUAAUCCCAGCAGUGGGGCUCCUGCCUCCAAGCCCUUUCCCGUAGUUGCCAGAUCAUCAGGAAAACCUAUUCUGAAAAGUUGCUUGAGAUUUUCCUGCUGUAUUGCACUCUAGUUUUGAAGGACUAACACUUUAGAAGAAAUACACAUAUACUCUCGUAAAUAAGUGAUUUAGGUAUUUACUGAAGAGCUUUUGUUGACUUAAUGCUGCUGUUGAUUUACAAGUGAAGGAAAGAUCACAGGAACCAGUGAUAAAAUGAGAUACAGAAUGUACUGAUCACAACUUGGGUGAACAGAAGUGGACUCCACAGGGGAGUUGGCUACACUAUUUUCUUCUGGAAAACAGUAUUGGGACUCUGGGAUCCAAAUGUAGCCAUUAAAGACUAGUGAAUG